AUGGAUUUCAAUAGACAAGUUCCUGGUGAUACUGUCGAUAAUGCGAGCAAAACUUUACUUUUGACAACCCAACUUGUGACUGCCUCCGCGACGGGCAUAUCUUCGUUUCUUUUAUUUUGUUUUCUUCGAACUCGAUGGAAGGUCAUAUUUGCUCCACGAAGUAGACUUGCUGGGAUUUCUCCUAAACCUUUAGAUCCUUCAUUUUUCGGUUGGAUUGUCCCUUUAUUCAAACUUCCAGAAUCUGAAAUUUUAGAUAAAGUGGGUCUAGAUGCUGUUGUGCUUUUGGGAUUCUUUAGAAUGGCAUACAAGCUUUUCGCAUUUUGUGGUUUAUUUGCUCUAGUUGUCCUUUUUCCAAUUAAGAUUCAUAACUAUUUCCCUGGUAUUGGUGAUCCCGAUAAUGGUGAACCUGGCAAUGAUACCUUUGGAAAUAUCUACGAUAAUACUCCCGAGAAUGAAACACCCGAAUCAUUUGGGUUAUUAUUAUCAUAUCUAUUAUUCACUUGGGUAUUCACGUUAGCAACAUUUUAUUUUACAUUUUAUAACUAUCAAGAAUUUGCGAAAUUUCGUCAUUUAUAUUAUCGUAAAUUUAAGAAUUCAAUUACCGCGAGAUCCGUAAUGGUGACAGUUAUCCCAAAAGAGUUACAAAAUGGUAAAAAAUUAUCAGAAUAUUACGAAUCGUUAGGGUUAGGUCCGGUUGAAAGUGCGGUUGUAUACAGACUUGUAAGAAAAUUAAGGCACGCAAUUGAAAGAAGAACACAUUAUUUGAAAAAAUUGGAAAGCGCAUGUGCAGAUUAUUUGAAUAAUCCAUGCGUGGAUCCGAAUUAUGACCCUGAUAAAUCUCUUAAAGAAUUUGAACAAGAGGAAGAUGCUAACGAUGAAGUUUGGUCUUUUCUUCCUGAAGUUUCAAGAGAACGUCCAACCAUACGAACAGGUUUUCUCCACAUAUUUGGAAAGAAAGUUGAUAAAAUUAAUUAUUUCGCUAGUCGUUUUAAAUUCUUUGAUAAGUUAACGGAAAAAGGUAGACGUGGAGCAUAUACUCCGACUUCAGUUGGACCAUUCAAAUGUACUACCGUUCUUGCACCUGGGCCACGUGAUGUAUAUUGGCAUAAUCUUUCUAUUCGACAACGAGAAAUGUUAACUCGUAGCAUUAUAGUUAAUAUUUCAAUUGUUCUUAUAGUCUUUUUCUGGUCAAUUCCUAUUUUAUACGUUUCAACUUUGUUAGAUAUGGAUACUUUAGAAAAAGUAUUUCCUUGGUUAAAAAGAUUGGCGGAACAAAAUGAAAUAUUGCAAGCUUUUAUUCAAGGAACACUUCCAACUUUAGCGGUAACAAUAUUUUUUGAAAUAGUUCCAAAAAUUAUGAAGUGUGGGCUUCAAGGAUUUCAUGCUCGUAGUACGAUUGAAUUUUCAGCAUUUUCCAAACACUUUCUUUUCUUAUUGGUAAAUUAUCUUUUGGUAUUCACUAUUGGAGGAACUAUUAUUAAUACACUUGGAGAUAUAAUAAUAGAUCCAACAGGGCUUCCAUAUAAGCUAGCGACAACCUUGCCUCGGGUUGCUCACUUUUUCGUUAACCUUGUUGUUUUUCAAGGAAUUGGUUUACUUCCAGUUCAUUUGUUGCAGAUGGGUGAUAUUAUUGUUGCAUGGGCGAAUCGUGUAUUCUUUGCGAAAACACCUCGAGAAUACGCAGAAGCCAAUUCACCACCAUUCUUAGAUUAUGGUGAAGAAAUCAUUGUUGGACUUUAUAUAUAUCAAACAUUGAUGAUUGGAUAUUUAUCCAUGAGGAAAUGUUACGUUAUGGCAGGCAGUUUAGUUCCUAUUCUCGUUUGUACAGCUAUAUAUUAUUAUUAUGUUAAUGCAGCAUAUGAUCGAAUUGCAGCUUUUGUCCCUUUGCAAAGUUUAAGGGAGGAAGAAAAUAUAUUACCAACAAAUUCAAAAGAAGAUGUUACGGAUGUUUUGGAAGAUGAUCUAUAUCACGCUGCACCAGAUUUAUAUACCGAUUAUAGUCAACCACCAAUGACUUUAUACAAGGGUGUGCUUAAUACUGGAAUGCAAAAUUAUGGACCACCUGCUUUGGUUGGAAUACUUCCUUGGCUAUGGCUUCCAGUUAAAGGAACCAUACCAGAUGAACCAGAAAAUCCGGGAUUUUUCAGACGAUUAUUGGGUAUGAAUAAAAAAGCCAAUACACAAAUUGUAGAUAGGACAAUAGUUGAAGAGACUGAACCAUUAUUAGGCGAUAGAUCUGUUGAAUCAACAAUUAUCGACAAUAAUAUAAGAAAUCGAUCGGUAUCUGAAUCUUCUCAAUUAUCUCAUCAAAGAAUUAAUGCAGAACAUUUAAAGAAUCAGAACGAUCCUCAAAAUCUACAUGGGAUUUAUUACACUCAUCCCGAAGAUUCUCAACUAGGAAGUGAUGUUGCAAGUGGGUCUAAUAAUUAA